AUGAAGAAGCGUUUUACUUUGUGGAGAAGGAAUGAUGAGCCCUACACUCCCUCCUCACACCUGCUCCGGCGUCAGGCCAGUACUGGUCCACACACCCAGCCAGGCUACAACCUUCGAGAUAAGGAUUUAAAGAAACUUCAUAAAGCUGCUGCAGUUGGGGAUUUGGAAAAAGUGAAAGAGUACCUGCAGCUCAAGAAACAUGACGUGAACAUUCAAGAUAGAGAAUACAGAACACCUUUGCACUUGGCCUGUGCUUAUGGUUAUUUGAAUGUUGUAUCUCUCUUAAUUGAGAAACAAUGCAAAAUAGAUGUCUGGGAUAAUGAAAACAGAUCUCCAUUAACUAAGGCAGUACAAUGUGAAAAGGAGAAUUGUGCAACUGUUCUUCUAGACCAAGGUGCAGACCCAAAUCUGGUGGAUUUACAUGGCAAUACUGCUCUUCAUUAUGCUGUCUGUGGUCAAAGUGUCUCAUUAGUCAAAAAAUUGCUUGAACACAAAGCUAAUCUUGAAGCACAAAAUAAGGAUGGGUGCACUCCACUUUUACUUGCCAUUACUGAAAAUAAUGUGGAAAUGGUAGAAUUUCUUCUGAAGAGAGGAGCAGAUGCAAAUGCCUCAGAUAAGAAUCAAAGAACAGCCCUUAUGAUUGCUCUAAGUGAUGAACCAACAAGUUUAGUCAGUCUUCUUCUUCAGCAAGAAGUGGACCUAUCUUGCCAAGAUAUUUAUGGAUUCACAGCUGAGGAAUAUGCUUCUUUUAAUGGUUUUACUAUAUAUCAUCAUUUAAUUGCUAGUUAUGGAAAGGAAAAGAAAGUAAAGAAGGAAGUGUGGUGGACUCCAGCCAGCAGAGUCCACCUGUUGCGGCUGACAAUGAGAACGAAUACACAGAUGACAACAAUCCUGUGCAGAAAAGGGGGAUGGCACAGCUAUUUUCUCAAGAGGAGAGGGUUUUGA